AAAUUUGCAGAGAAAUAUAAUUGAAGUAUGUAUUUUGACUCCUCAUUAUAUUUCUGCUAAUUUAUCCAGAGGCUUAUUAUACAUACACUACGUACAGACAGACAUGUAUAGGUGGUGGUGGGUACGGUGGCUGGUGGCCGUGGCCGCGGCGGUUGCCGUCGGUGGAGUAGACUACGUCACGUAUGACGGGAGAUCACUAAUCAUCGACGCCCAACGGAAGCUUUUAUUCUCUGGUUCUAUUCAUUAUCCUCGUAGCACUCCGGAUAUGUGGCCAUCUCUGAUAACAAAAGCCAAAGAAGGAGGGUUGGACGUAAUCGAGACAUACACAUUUUGGAAUAUUCAUGAGCCUCAACCUGGUCAGUACGAUUUCAGCGGAAGAAAUGAUAUAGUAAGAUUCAUGAAGGAAAUUCAAGCACAAGGUCUUUAUGCAUGCCUUCGCAUCGGACCAUAUAUUGAAGCUGAAUGGAAUUAUGGGGGUUUUCCGUUUUGGUUGCAUGAUGUCCCUGGCAUCAUUUUCCGAUCUGACAAUGAACCUUUUAAGCUCUACAUGCAAAAUUACACACAAAAGAUAGUGAACUUGAUGAAGUCAGAGGGAUUGUAUGCUUCUCAAGGAGGUCCUAUCAUUCUUUCUCAGAUUGAAAACGAAUACCAAAAUAUAGAGAAGGCGUUUCGGGAGAAGGGUCCACCUUAUGUUCACUGGGCAGCAGAAAUGGCAGUAGGACUUGAGACUGGUGUGCCCUGGCUCAUGUGCAAGCAAGAUGAUGCUCCUGAUCCUGUUAUUAAUGCAUGCAAUGGGAUGAGAUGUGGGGAGAUAAAUUUUGCUCCAAACUCACCAAAUAAGCCAGCAAUUUGGACAGAGAACUGGACAAGCUUCUAUCAAGUAUACGGCAGCGAUGCACUGAUGAGAUCAGCUGAAGAUAUAGCUUUCCAUGUUGCCCUUUUCAUUGCCAGGAAGAAUGGGAGCUAUAUCAACUAUUACAUGUAUCAUGGGGGAACCAAUUUCGGCAGGACAGCGGCUUCGUUUAUGAUAACAAGUUAUUAUGACCAAGCUCCCCUAGAUGAAUAUGGUUUACUCAGAGAGCCAAAAUGGAGCCAUCUUAAGGAGUUGCAUGCUGCCAUCAAAAUGUGCUCACAAAUCCUCCUUUCGGCCACACCCUCUACCUUUUCACUGGCUCAAUUUCAACAAGCCUAUGUGUUCCGUGGAGAUUCAUCAGGAGCUUGUGCUGCUUUUCUAAUAAACAAUGAUGGCAAACAUAGUGCAAAGGUGCAAUUUCAAAAUUCUUCUUAUCAACUGCCUCCAAAAUCUAUUAGCAUCUUACCAGACUGCAAGACAGUAGCUUUCAACACUGCCAAGGUAACUACACAAUCGAAUACAAGAACAAUGCAGCCAGCACUGAAGUUCGACUCAACUGAGGAAUGGGAAGAAUUCGAAGAACUAGUUGUCGGAUUUGAUGACACCAACAUAAGAGCAGACACAUUGCUAGACCACAUCAACACUACUAAAGAUGUAUCUGAUUACCUAUGGUACACAUUGAGUUUACAGCAAGAAUCCUCAGAUCCCAAAUCUGCAAUCAGUGUGGAGUCUUUAGGACACGUUUUACAUAUAUUCGUUAAUGGAGAACUAGCAGGUUCUGCACAUGGAACUUUUAGGAACUCGAGUUUUACACUAGAGAGCACAGUUUCUCUGAAUAAGGGGAUGAACAACAUUUCCCUGCUAAGUGCAACAGUCGGAUUACCAAAUUCAGGAGCAUAUCUUGAGCAUAAAACUCUUGGACCCCGGAAAGUGACAAUUGAAAGCAGUGAAGGAAGUGAGGAUCUUUCUAAUGAUUCAUGGGGAUAUCAGGUUGGAUUGUUGGGAGAGAACUUGCAAAUUUACACUGAAAAAGGAUCAAAUGCUGUUCAGUGGAGAGAGUUUAGCUCUUCUCAACCACUUAUAUGGUAUAAGACAGUUUUUGAUGAGCCUGAGGGCAAUGAUCCUCUUGCUUUAAACCUUGGGUCUAUGGGGAAAGGAGAAGCUUGGGUUAAUGGCCAAAGUAUUGGCCGAUACUGGGUCUCAUAUCAUACAGUUGCAGGCACACCUUCACAAACUUGGUACAAUGUUCCUAGAUCAUUUCUCAAACCAACAGGAAACCUAUUAGUUUUAUUUGAGGAGGAAUAUGGAAACCCUUAUGGCAUCACACUUGACAAAGUCUCAAUCACACUUGACAAAGACAUAUUGUUGAGAAGGCUUGCAUAGGGAAAAGGAAGUGUUCCAUCUCACAAUCAUACCAAAGAUCGCAAGUCAAAGAAGAGUUGAAACUACAUUAACAAACUCCCUCAGUUCUUAUUGCUUUACUGCUUUAUUUUAUUGGUCUUGUGGAGUUUGUGUUAGUUAGAAUUACCUGAUUUGUCAAAUGAUUAAUAUUAGGAUUUGGGAAUAUUAGUAUCUACGGAGUAACUAUUAUAAUGAUUAAUAUUAGGAUUUGGGAAUAUUAGUAUCUACGGAGUAACUAUUAUAUUUUA